AUGGAUGAAACAUCAACUGAUCCUUCUCCAUCGGUUUAUGACGUGGAUCCUGUUUAUUUUGCUUUAAAUGAAUUUGAACAACAUGAUGAAGUCUUAACGUUAAUUGAUAAAAUUCCCGAUCUAAUUAAAAGAUUUGAAGAAAGUGGAAAUGAUAACGAGAAAAUCGAACAACAAAAUGACAUUGAACGUGCAUUUGAACGUUAUAUUUACAUACUUAAUCAAUAUCAAGAACAGCCACAAUUAAUCGAUAGUUAUAUUGAGAAAAUGGUUGAUAAAACACUGACUCACAUUCAACAUGAUAGUAACAUGAAAUUGGUUCAUUUAGCUGGAAAUUUUUUAUAUUAUUUAAUUAAAGUACGCGGUUUUAAAGUAAUGACUAAUCGUUUUCUCCCGCAUGAGCCAUAUCAUUUAAUAGUUGUUUUAAAUUUAAUCGAACGUGAAAUCUCAACAAUAUUUGUUUCAAUAGACACAUCGGAAUCAUGGAUGACAAUCUAUUCACUAUUGAUUUGGUUAGGUACAACAUGCAUGGUACCAUUAGACUUAUGUCGGUUUGAUAAUAAAACAAAAACACAAACAACAAUGAAUCAAAUAUUGAAUAUAUGUAAAAAAUAUUUAUAUAAUUGGGCAUAUAUGAGAAUAAUUGCAUUUAUUAUUGGACACUUUAUGUCGCGACAAGACUGCGUACAAUUAUGUCUAAACGAUUACAUUAAUAAUGAAUUAAUACCAAUCAUUAGUCAAUAUGAUCCAAAUAGCGAUGAAGACAUUAUGUUGAAAAUAAAUGCUUGUUUGCAAACGUUGUGUUAUAUCUUUAAAUUUGGACAACGAGAAAAUUUAUUACCACAUGUUCAGAAUCUGUUAACUAUUUUAACAGAAAAACAGUAUUUUCAAUCAAAACGUUUAACAAUAAGACGUUUAACGUGUAAACUGUUACAAAAAUUAGGAACGACGCUAUUAAGAAUGCCACAACAUGGUGCGAAAUGGAGAUAUAAACGGGGUGUAAGAAAUUUACAAGAAAAUCUUUUAAAACGAACAACAGGACUGACCAGUGAAAAUAAACAAAUAAAUGGCGUUCACAACCAUCCCGAAACGAAUGGUUACACUAAUGAAUUUCAAAGAGACACAGCUGAAUCUAGCGAGGAUGAUGAUGACGACCGAUACUAUAAUAAUGUGGAUGUAUUAUCAGAUAAGGGUUUAGAAACAAUUAUACAAAUGUUAAUAUCCGGUUUAAGUGAUAAAGAAUUGUAUGUUCGUUGGUCGUCGGCGAAAGGUAUUGGACGUAUAACAAAUCGAUUAAAAAAAUCGUAUGCAGAUGAAUUAGUUUUAUUAUUGUGUGACCGUAUUGAUAAAGUUGCUUUGUUAGCGUGUGAUCAUUGUACAUUACAAGGUGGAUGUUUAACAUUAGCUGAAUUAGCACGACGUGGUCUAUUAUUACCAACACGUUUAAGCAUCGUUAUACCGAUUGUAUUAAAAUCAUUAAAUUAUGAUGAAAAAUUAGGACAUCAAACGUACGGUCACGUUGUUAGAGAUGCAGCUUGUUAUAUCUGUUGGGCAUUUGCACGAGCAUUCAAUCCGGCUGAUUUUCAAUCUUAUACCACUGAUCUGGCGUGUAUGCUAUUAUGUAUUAUAUGUUUUGACUGGAAUGUCCAGUGUCGCAGAGCUGCAUCAGCUGCUCUUCAAGAAAAUGUAGGAAGACAAGGUGAUUAUUUUCCACAUGGUAUUGAUAUUAUACUCAAAACAGAUUAUAGUUUGAUUGGUAAUGUAAAUUAUUGUUACAUUGAAUUGGCACAAUCAAUAGCAAAAUAUGAGGUUUAUCGGUACUAUAUGAUUGAACAUUUACUCAAAUAUAAAGUGUGUCAUUGGAAUAAAGAGACGAGAAUAUUAACAAGUAAAAUAUUAGAAAUUUUAACGUUGAAUUAUUGUCAGAUCGAUCAUAUCUACGAUAAAAUAUUAUUUCCUUUACUCGAACAGUGUUUAGACAAGAAAAAUGAUGCACUAGCGAGACACGGUCUAUUGUUUAGUUGUGGACAUAUUGUGUUAGCAUUAUGUCAACGACAGCAACAGAAAAAUAAUGUUGAAGAUGAUAAACAAGAGAGAGAGAACAAGACAAUUUUACGACAAAAAAUUGAAAAUUUAUUAAUUGAAUAUAGACAAUUAGGCUAUUUAGAUGGUUAUAUUGGUGAUGUUAUCCGUCCAGGACUGUGUUCAUUUAUAUGCAAUGUUUCAUGUUCGUUAAAUUACUUUUUGGGAAUUAAACAUGAUGAAUCAGAUGUAUUUUCAUUAGCAACGAUCAAUUGUUGGCAAACAAUAUUAGACGAUUGUAUUAGUAGUUUUGAUGAAGAUGUUAGACAGAUCAGUUUAAACGCACUGAAACAUUUUGCAGAUGCAUUUUAUCAAAAAUCUGGUCAAACAUCUGACGAUAAUUUCAGAAUGAUAAUUGAACGUUAUUUAAUAAAAAUUCAAACAACAUCUCAUGAACAUAUUCGUCAAGGUUUUUCAUUAGCUUUAGUUUUAUUACCAGAUCGUCUAUUACUAACUUUAGAUAAUGAUAAUUUACAUAAUAUCAUUGAUUGUUUACUAAAAUUAACAGUGAUAACACAGCAGACACAAUCUUUAAUUAAUCAACGAAAAGAUGCGAUAAUAGCUCUUUUUAAUUUAUGUGCAAAUUUAAAAUUUAUUUCAAUUACACUCGAUAUAUUUUCAAAAAUAAUAAAUUGUUAUAUACGUUGCACAAAAGACUAUACUAAUGACCGUCGUGGAGAUUGUGGACGUCUAGUACGUGAAACAUCUUGUGUACAUAUCGUGAAAUUGUUACAAUUAACUGUUUCUACAAACAAACAAUUGGACUAUUUAAAUAUUAAUCUUAUUAAUUCUAUUCUCUGCGCAUUAUUAGAACAAAUUUGUUCAAAAAUUGAUGAUACAAGAUAUGUGGCUGGUUGUUCACUCGUAAAUUUAUUGAAUGAAAAAUCUCUUUUAAAUAUUCAACAUCGAUUUGUAUUGGAACAAUUAUUUUUGUCUAAUAAUCAACUUGAAUGGCGUAAUGCACAAGUUAUAUUUCCAUUAGUUGUUCAACUACUUGAGUAUGAAGAAUAUCGUUAUGUUAUAUGGAAAAAUUGUUUAAUAACAUCUGGUGAUUCAACAGAAAAAUCAUUGGCCGGUGCUAGUUGUGCAUUGAAUGAUUAUCUUAAAUUGAAUGAAAAAAAUGUUCAAUUGUUUGAAUUUCUGUUAAAUGAUUUAUUACAACUUUUUCUCGAUACAAAAAAUCAACUGAGAAUUUAUCAUCCUUGUAUUCAAGCAUUCGAACGUUUAUUAUCUCAGUCAACAUUCCAAUGGUACUAUGAUCAUCAUCAACAACAUUUUUUAGACAUAUGUUUUGGAAUAAUUCAUUCAAUUGAAUCUACAGUAAGAGGAAAACAACGUUUAAUUAACGAUAUGAAAUUAAAUGUCAGUAUAAUUCGAUUCUAUUGCUCAUUAAUUCAAUUUAAUAAUCCAAAAUUGAAAAACGAAGUAAUUGCAUUGUUAACAAACUAUUUUCAACAUGAAUAUCCUUGGAUUCGUCGACAAGCUGCACAACACCUAUAUGAAGCGUGUAUAACGUAUGCUGAUUGUCUUUUAGAUAAUAAUGAGUAUGAAACAAUAUUAAAUAUAUUAACAGAAACAAAUUGGGAUCAAAAUAUAGAACAGUUGAUGUCUGUCAAACAGACAUUAUUAAAGGCAUUUUCUUGUACACAAACAGUUUAA